GCUUKCCCGACAGUUUUUGGUUGCCACUCGGUUCUUUCGCUCUCCCGGUCUGCAACGCACGGGAAACAACCCGCUUUCGGGCAGUCGAACCCAUGAUUGCCCGUCGCAGCAUCGGCACGAACCUGCGCAGCUUGCGAUGCGUCCGAGUAGGACCGAAAAGAGGACAAGGACGACGACGACAAGAUCACAACCAUCAUCAUCAUCAUCAUCAACAACAACAACAACAACAACACUAUCAUCACUAUCAUCGACAACAAGACCGGGAUCCCCGGUGGCAUUCUUUUGCGAAAAGACGUGACCACCAUGACAGUUGCACCGCGUUUGUUUCGUGGCAUCGAUGCUACCACAACGGACUCGCAUCGCCGGGACGCUCCGCGCCACUGAAACGAACAAACGCAAGCGCGCUUUCGGGGCGGACAGACCCGCGCAGGACGACCGCACGCUCCAGCAGCAGCAGCAGCAGCGACAACACCGUUCGGAACACUCGGUGGGAGCGAAACCCUCCGGCCGCUGCGGGCGAGGCGGGAACCGACCGCAAGGGAGCGGCGGCCCGGAAUGCGAGCCCACAAAUUCCGCGAGCGGCUCCGGCGGGAACGGKCCCCGUGGGAGCYGCGCUCGAGCGGGAGAUCGCGGAAGGGCGCAUCCRGAGCGACGCGGUCCAGGCGGGGGCCGCCGGGCGGCUCGAUCGCCUCUUCGGGGACCUCUUUGCCGGCGGAACCCCCGGGCCGGCGUCCGCCGCGGUCCGCCGCCUGCUGUCGGUCUGCGGCAACCGCAUCGGAGGCAAACGCGACGAGAACACCUCCGGGUGGGCCGCUCUGGGUGUCCCGGCGUGGGACGACCGCCACCGCACCUUCGCCAUGAGCCGCCGGCACCCGAAGCACCGGGCGGUGGCGUCGCGAAGGGCGGCAGCAUCGGCAAGAACAACGGCAACGACGACGAUGGAGCACCGCGGCACCGCCCACAAAAUCCUGGCGGGGGCCCUUGGCGGCCUCGCCGGUUCCGCCCGCUCGGUCGCCCGCGGGGUGCUCCGGUGGAUUUCCCGCCGCUGCCUCGGCCCGCCCGUCCGGGGGGUCUACCUCCACGGCCCGGUCGGGGUCGGGAAGUCCUUUCUGAUGGACCUCUUCCACGACCGGGUCGUGGACCGCGGGGGGGAGCCUUCCGGUGCCGGCUGCGACGACACGGGCGGGGGAACGACCAAGAUUGCGUCCAGGCGGGUCCACUUCCACGAGUUCAUGCUGGACGUCCACCAGCGGCUCCACUCCGCCAAGAAGGAAGACCCCUCGGUCGAUGCCCUUCCGGAGGUCGCGAGAGGCAUCGCGGAGGAAUCCAGGCUUCUCUGCUUCGACGAGUUCCAGGUCACCGACAUUGCCGAUGCCAUGGUCCUCAAGCGCUUGUUCGAGGAGCUCCUGGACCGGGGGGUGGUGGUGGUGGCGACCUCCAACCGGCCCCCCUCCAGGCUCUACGAGGGCGGCCUCAACCGGGCCCGCUUUCUGCCCUUUGUGGAUACGCUCUGCGACCACUGCGAGGUGGUGGAGAUGCGGUCCAACCACGACUAUCGCAAGGACCGGGAUCGCUCCGGACCCAUCGGCGAGACCGCGACGGACGGCGGUUCGUCCUUGUCCUCCGCGGCGGGCCCGACGUAUUUCUGGCCGAUCGAGGACCCGGGCACGCAAUCGGCCCUGGCAUCGAUUCUCGGCGACACAAGAGGCACCAGGGAGGUCCUCCCGGUCCGGAUGGGCCGGACCAUCGCCGCGGAGGCGACCUCCACCCGGUACGGGGACUGCGGACGCUUUUCCUUCGACGACCUGUGCGGCGGGCCCCUCGGGGCCUCCGAUUACCUGGCCCUGGCCGAGCGCUUCGGGGUCCUCGUCGUCGAGGGGGUUCCGGUCCUGGACGCCUCCCRGUACAACGAGGCCCGCCGCUUCGUGACCCUGGUCGAUGCCUGCUACGAAUCGAGGGUCCGGAUGGUCCUGACCGCUUCCGUUCCGCUGGGCGAGCUCUUUGUCGAGUUCGACGCGGGCGUGGAAACGAGCGACGGGGACGAGGAAACCGCCCUCGGAGGCGAACCCUUCGAGGAGGAGCUCGCGGUGGUYGGGGAGGGGGGGAGCUCGAGCUCGGCCGCGACCACGACGGUCAGGGCGGGGGGGACCGCCGGGGGCGUCGGCGUCGACGUCGACGUCGAGUGGAGCGCCACGGGCCGCAUCGGGGURUCCCUGGCCCAGCUGUCCUCCGUCCGGGAGGUCGUCUUUUCCUUCCGGCGGGCCGAGUCGAGGCUCCACGAGCUCUGCGGCGUGCGGCCCGGAGCGGCGGCGGAGCCGGGGGGGCCGCGGCGGUGAAAGGCCGCGGCRCUCCAGGGAGAACCACAAAGGCUUCCGGGACGACGAGAACCCCGUGUUGUUCGCUGGUGCGGCGUGCAGGGGUUGCUCUCGUUCCGAUGCCCGCCCGYCCGUCCGGUUCGAACCAAAAGAUCGGGGAAACGCCCCUGGCUAUUCGAACCACUCUAUCGUACGGGACGUAGUCUAAAUUGCAGAUCAAGGCUACGAAUGUACAGUAGUCGAAACCAAAASUCUAGUAAAACGAUCGACGUUUGAUCCAUUCCUCUCGUAGUACUGUACCGUACGGCACGCGAGUUGCGAUGUGCAACCGAAACGCGACAAGAUCAGAUCAGAUCAGAUCAGAUCCAUGCUCCCGUCGUUUCGGACACGAGAUUCGUCUCGRCUUCGUCGACACCUUCGGAUGCAAAAGACAGAAGUCAGCUCGGAAACUCGUCGCCASAACASAACACAACACAAUACCAGCGAAAUCCUUGGGCUCCGGAUUCCUCUCCGCUCCCGUUUCUCCUCCCUCCACCGGUUCGUUCGUUCGUUCGUUCGUUCGUUCGUUCGUUCGUUCGUCAGCCGGACUUGUCGGGCAUCCACUCCAGCGUUUUCUUAACGUUGUAGGCGAAUCCAACGGCUCCGAGGGCGGCGACCAUCCCCGCCGGCACGAACCUUCCGGUCGAGGCGAACCGCCUCCCAGUGGCGAGGACCAUGGCCCCCGUCGUUCCCGAGGCGAGGGCGUGCCCCUCGAAGGCCUCGUUCCUGGAGAUCAGGACGCCGCUCCCGACGAGCAACCCGCCAAAGGCCAGGCCGGCCGCGAGCGAGGGCGUGCUUUUCUUCUUGGCGUACCCCACAACGCCACCGAUGGCGCAGAGCCCGCCGAGGGUGAAGUUGAGGUGGGCCGAUCCGGGGGGUGCCAUUUCUGUGGUGUGCUUGUUUGGUGCCUCUGGGGUGCUUGGUUCGUUCGAUUGCCUGUUUCCGGAUCCUGCGGUGUGUUGGUCGGAGGCGACGGAGUGAAAACAAGAGUUGUCUGACUUGGAAACAACUCUGGGCGGAACGAAGUCACAAUGGUUGCCGUGUUCUCGCUCUCUGUUUUUGUUUUUAUCUCGAACUGAUCGAAAAGAAUCGAAUCAUCCCUCAAAAGGAUCUUCUCCCGAGAAAAACAGGGCCGGAUCGGAUUUCGACUCCCAUGAGCAAAAAGAAGUUGGAGAUUGCCGGAAUCGAAACUGCGCCAAACCCCCGCUUCACGGGAUGGUGUCAGAUUACAGACUACAAUCCACUCUGUGAAAGGGUCAGAUUACACACUACAAUCAAACAGUAAAUGAAUUCAAAAAGUCUAG